GCGACCCGGUGCGAUUUGGCAAAUUUCUAGCAGAAGAAAUAUGUUUUCGCUGUAAUUGUCACCAUAUUUCUUCCAUUUCUUGUGACACCAUCUACUCAGGUAUUUCGGCAGAACAAUUGGAAUGGUUCUGUGUUAGUGCAAGAAGUGGUGGCAUUUAUUCGUUUUUGAUAUUAAUCAAUCGAUUUUACAUUGAUUUUCUGUGACUCUGUCAAAACGACUGGUCAGUGACUGAGUGACCACGGACAAAUUCCCAGCGGAGUAGAUAGAACCGAGUUUACUAAUAACUUCUCAUUUGGAUCAUUCCCGUGGAUGUAUUGGCCCUUUGCUACUGUUAAACACAGGACAUACGUUUAACUUGUAUGAAGUCAGCAGCACUGUGAUAAACAACAUCCCACCAUCGAUAACAAUAUGAGCCUAAUACUAGUUUGCCGGUCGUUUUGAAACAAACGAUAUGGAGACAGCUGUUCACACAAAGCUGUAGAAUGCAGACAUCGAGUUUGCAUAGUCUUUGCUUGUAACUCAAGUGGAUACAACUACAUCACAAGAUGAGGACAAUGGAGGAAGUGCUGAACCAUCUGGCCAGGGAUGCAUCAGCCCCGAAGAUGGGCGCACUAAGACAGUCCUGUGAAGCCGCUUUAGCCCUGCUGGAAGAUGGGGGGAUCACAGCGUGUACCCCUGCCUCAGAUCUGCGGGAGAAAUGUCUCGAGCCACUGCAGACGGCGCUGGAAUCACGGGCCAAGAGGCUGGCUGGACAUGCGGUGGCAGGGCUACAGCAAAUUUUAGUAGAUGAGCGCUUCCAAUCAAACUUGGAGUCUGACAACAAUGAGGAGAAGCUGCUGCCAGUUCAAAUCCUCAAUGCAGUGUACAGCACACCAAACCUCCCCGAAGACAUACAGGUUGAGAUCAUCAAGUUGCUGCUGAAUAUGACUUUCUCUACCACCUGGUGUAUGAAUGCCAAAAUAAUCACCAAAGUUUGCCAGGUGUAUAUUGAUACUCAUGUCCAGAGCUCCCAAGGUGUCAAGGGGGCCAUUCAGGCCAACAUGACACAGGUGCUUUCCAGGUUCUCUGAAAAACUCUCCGAUGCUGAGGAAACAGUGGAAGAGGAUGGAGAUGAUGUGUUGGCCGACUUCAGACCAUCUGGAGGGAAGCUGAGCACGACGGAGAGUCUGAUGGACGACGUGGUGUCUAUUCUCAAAUAUCUCUGUGACAAGCUUGUCGGGCUGCAGAGUGGCAGCCAAACAAAGCAGUCUCUCCCCCUCCUCCUGGAGGGCAUCCAUGCCAUCCUCAGCCAGGCCCCCCAGACCCUCCGCAACAACGACAGCUUCCAGGAACUGGUGUGGAAGAACCUGUGUCCCACCAUCAUCUCCCUGCUGGGCACCCCCAAGGCAGAGAAGAGCUCCCUCCUGCAGAAGGCUGACGAGAUGGGGCGGGGCUCGGGCUGCUCUUCCUCAGCCCCCAACAUUCUCAGUUCAGCAGCUAAAGUCAUAUACAGUAUUGCUGCGGAGCUUGUACGACUGGUGGGCAACAUCGGGUCACUGCGACCCGUGCUGGAGUCCCUCUUCCACAGGAUGCUGCUGUACCCCCCUCCUCAGCACAGACUCGAUGCUCUCAAGGUCAUGAAGGAGCUGCUAGGAGACAGUGAGAGAGUGAUAGAUCUGUCAGCUCCAUUGGCAGAAGAAGACAACCAAGUGAAGCCAUCAGGCAAGGCCACCCACUCCGAUGUAGCGCUGCUCAAACUGAUAGUUGACAGUGUGCAGGAGUGUAUCCACUGCAAUGAUUCCGGUGUGUGUUUCACCAGCGUCAUGUGUGUAGACCAGUUGUUGGGAUCUCUGGAGAGGCUGAGUCGAGGGGAGAACCUGUCUCUGUCUGUGGCUGAAGACAUCAACAAACUCUACCCCACCUUUAGUAAAGAAGUGUUUGAUAAGAAGGACUCAAGCAGCUGUGAUGGAGGAUCAGCGGAAACUUUAGACAUACCAGACAAAGAACCGGUCGUCCCGGAAACCACAGACGCUUCAGCUACCAUCGAGAAACCUGAUCAGGAAAAAGAUGAGACUGAUGUCACCAGGAGAACCAGCUCGGAGACCUCGGACGGGGUAAAGGAGUAUGAGAGCGAGAGUGACCGCGAGAUGGAAAUCCAGGCCACCAUUCAGUCCCAGUUGGAGACGCAGCUGAAGGAGGAGAUGGUGAGGCGACAGAAGCUGCUGCGAGAGAGGUUCGAGAGCGUGGAGCGGCAGAAUGCUCAGGAGUUUAUGCAGAAGCUGCAGGGUAUCCUGCCUCAUCUGUUGACUCUUGGCAGCGUGUUUGAGGUGGACGAGGCGCUGCAGAAGUUCGCAUCUGACUUCUGUGCAGGUUUGAUGUCUAAAGAAGGACCUGAAGACGACCCUGAAGUGAUUUCGGCCGUGAUCCUGAACGCUGAUGGUGUCUACAUCGCCUCCAUGGUCACACUGAUCCUCAGUCUCAGACUUACCGUCAGCGGCUACUACACCACGCGGGAUCCUGCAAGUCUCGUCCUGUCCGAGAAAGAGUUCAUGGAUGACGUCCUCAGCUGUGGGGUGAUGCUGUUUCUGUCACCGUCUUGGUUGAGUGAAGUGUACAACCAGGUGACCUACAGAAAUAUCCUGGACACAGGGACACACUCCAGCUGGCAGGACACACAGCUAGUGUGUAUGUUGAGAGACAUCGAUGGUCUGGGCAGCCACGAGAUGGGCGGCCAGAUGAUGAGUAGCUGUCGAGGUGGGGACAACAUGCUCAGUGUGGAACACGAACAGGUCAACAGUACCCAGGUCGAGGCAGGCAAGAAGUUGUCUCGCCGCAUCCUAUCCGUGUGUUGGGAAGGGGUGCUGGACGUGCUGUCGGUGUUGCUCAAUGGCAAGAGUUCCUGUGGGGUGUCCAGCAGCCUGGCCCUGAUGUUCGGUACGGAGGGGGCCAAGGAGGAGAGCAUGAGGGCUCGGGACGCCAUCUGUCUCAGUCUCAGUGGACUCCAGAGAGCAUCCAAACUCUGCUGCAUCCUGGGUCUACAGGAAUUGUGUGGCAGCGCCUUCACCCAGCUGGCAAACACGUCCUGUGUGAAGGAGGACUUGAGAGUAGGACCUAAGCCCAGUGAUGCCAAGGUUCCAGGAAAGACCUCUGUGUUGCCAGGGAAACCGAAGCUGGUCCGACUGCAUGCAGCUCAUGUCCUCAGUAUGGAUGUUGUCAUGACAACUGGGCUGGAGAUGGGCAGCCAUGCUGCUGAUUGCUGGAAACAUGUGUUCAGGUGCUGUGCACACAUCUCUGAACUGGAGCACACCUACUUUAGUGGUGGCAACAACCAGUCCAGCCUCCCAAAGGUGCACCAGGAACAAAACCCUGAACUCAACGCAAGCACAGAGAUUGAGUGUGACCUGUAUGCCAGUCCAGUGGCUUCUGUUAUACCUGUGGCCCCUCGUAUCAACGUGGCAGAGCUCAUCCGACAGAGUAGUAUAGAGUCAGGUUGGGACAGUGCAUUGUCAGGAGGAGGGGUGUUGACUCCUGCUCAGGCAUCCAAAGCUUUGUGUGGCUUGUCACAAGAAGUGGACAGGAUAUUUGAGGAUGCAGCCGAGAAGCUCAACCUGCAGGCCCUGCUGAGUUUCCUUGCCGAGCUAGGAGAGGCAAGUCGACUUCAGCUGAAGAAACAUGCUGGCCCAGACAUGGAUGGAGGGGUCCCCCGACUCCCCACCAAUGCCCUUCAUCUUUACAGGCUGCAGGACGUCCUCAUGAAGGUCGUCCACAGUUCACGACCUCUUCAGCAUCUUGUCAGAGUGUGGAGUGUCAUAUCACCCUACCUGGUCGAUGCAACUGGCAGUCGGGACAGGAGCAUAUCCAAGAUGUCCGUCACCUGCAUCCAUGACUUCAUUGUGGCAAUGCUGAGUAACCGCGAGGAGCGGCCACACUUCCACAUCAACGAGUUCCUGUGUAAGACGUUUGAGGACAUGCUGUGUAUGGACCUGUGUGAUGGGGAUGUACAAGACCAGAUCGUGUGUUCUAUCUGUGAACUGGUGGAGGCCUGCACAGCACAGAUCCAGUCAGGGUGGCGGCCCUUGUUUGGAGCUCUCCGUUCAGUGAAGAUAGAAUACACAGCUAACGAGGAAGUGAACGAGGCCAGACAGAGACAGAGCCAUGUGGCAGCCGUGCUCGAUGUGUUUGAGGUGUAUCUCAACACGGACAAUGUGCUGGUGUUUGCCAAUGCUACAGUCGACUGUAUUCUCUGUCUUCUGAAAUAUGUCAAUGGCCCAGGCAUGUUUGAGGAAAUGAGUGACGAUGGGUCUGACUCGGGCAGUGACAUGGGUCUGGGUGGCCCCACAGGGGAGAACUUGUGUAUCCCCGCGCUACAGUAUCUGCGCCGGUGUUGCCAGAUCCUGGCCUCCAUGUGGAAGAUGCCUGCGUGCCCCAACUUCAAAGGUGCUCAGAGGAUACAGUUGGGCUCCACUGUCCGACUCGUCGACCCGGUAAUCCCCAACAUGAACUUUGAGUCCUUCUCCAAGAGCUUCACAGAGUCAGAUGAAACUAAAACAGGACACGUCUUCCAGAAAGAAAACUCACAAGAUGAUGAUAAGCCAAAAGGAUUUCACAUAUCUGAACUGUCGGACCCAGUGUUUGACUCACAAAGCAUAACGUCAGCCGAUUCAGGGAUGCUAGAUGCUCUCUCUCCAGAAACACACCAGUCUCAGUCAGAUCCCGCUUUGGUUGACUCAGGCAUUAAGUUGACGUCUGCUGACACAAAAUGGCGGCCAGUGCCUCUGGAGGAGCUGGAUAAUCCCUCUCGAAUCCUGCAUGUGUGGUUUCUCUUGCUUGAUGGUCUGGCCACUUCCAUAUCCAGCUGCCCGAAGACCUUCCAGCCGCAGACCAUGGAGAUGCUGUUCGAGCUGCUCAGGUCAGCUGCUGAUGUUCCAGGUCCUCGGUUUGCUGUUUACAACAUCAACCAUCUGCUCUUGCCCAUGCUGCAGUCAUGGCUCCGAAGAGGCUCUCGUAUCCAUGGUUACUGGGAAAUCGGAGCAGUGAACUUCAAACAGUGUUGUGGAAACAUGUCGGACCUAGUAGUGGAAUAUCUGUCUAAAUUCAUAGGUCGGGAGGAGGAGCACCCUCACCUGGAGUUCAUGCUGAAGCAGACCCUGGACGUCCUUACGGAGUGUGCUGCCCAGCCCGUGGAGAACAUCUCCCGCCUUGGGUGCUCCUGUCUCAGGCAUGUGAUGUUGAGCGGGGGCCCUCUGCUGACGGAGGAGAUGUGGCAGAUGAGUGCAGCAGCCCUACAGAGGGCGUUGGACGUGACCACCUUCAACAUCCGACAACUCAUGGUGCUCUUCCACGCCAACUCCGAAAACUUCUACGGCGACAUCGGCCAGGUGAAGGUCGCCACCAGAAAGGACUGUACGAAGAUGGAAUGUUUCCGACUCAAACAGCUGGCUCAGCAGGUGUUCCUGUUGGAGAGCCAGAUGUGCCAGAUGCCGCAGAUACAGUUUGACAUGGAGGAGGACCAGUCAUAUGUCUUCCUGCUGUACCCACCUAACCAUAAGGACAGCCUGAACCCUGACCACAUCUCUACCAGAGUGCCGUUCCGGAACGUGGUAGUGGGUCUUCUGUCCCACCAGCUGUUGUUGCAGACCGUCGGCUACCUGCUGCUAGAGGGCACUGAAGGCCGGUCAGCAGAAAACAGAAAGGGCUCUGGCCUUACAGGUCUAAUCUCCUGCAUGUCGACCCGCAAUGUCCUCCAGUUCUUGGAUAUGCUGUACAGCUCCUACAAGCUGGCCUGUGACUUUGACACUCGGCCCGGCCUCAAGUUCCUCAUCCAGAAGGUGGCAGGGUUGGAGGUGGCUGCCAACCUGUACAAGCAGGCCGGGUCGAGCAUCAUCUUCUACAUCCAUUCCCUCCUGGAGAUCUGUGCCCAUCUCAACAGUCUCACCCUAGAGAGGACUCGCUCCUUCCUGGACGAGGUGCUCAAACAGGGUAGCCUUGACAAUGGGGAGAUUGACAUGAAGAUCAAAAGCAGGAGCUCUGUGGAACCGAUUGAUGCCAACCCGGCAGCUUUUAUCCAGUUGCUGCAGAAUACUUGUGACGAGUUGUGUCAGACCUAUGUGGACAUCCUGCUGGACAAGGACGGGUUGUCCUGCUUCGACCGCAUGGCUGACCAGUCGUUGUUCUUCCUGAUUGCCCAGCCCGAUGACCUCAAUGAACCAACCGAACGGAAGACGUCCGAGGAGGAAACAAAAACUGAAGUGACUUCGGAUGGAUUUGUCACCAUGACAACAGUUGGUGUGGAGACACAGGAAGAAUCCCAGGUGGAGACCUGCCCAGUGGAUGCCACGACACCUCCCCCGUUUGAGGAGCGAGCCGACACCCCAUCCCCGGUACACACCCGCAGCAAGCGGGAACUGAGGGAGGAGCACGAGAGCAAGGUGUACACGGUGGCCACGGACAAGUUCAUCCAGUCCCUCAUGUCCCAGUACAAGCGACGCAAGCAGCAGCACUCCAUGCCAUCCUUCGUCAAGUUCACCAAGAGGAAGAAGGACCUGUCCAAGCUCGGGAGGAAGGAAGCAGUGGAUGAAGAGAUUGACAAGCAGCAGAAAAACUCAAUAUUAAAGGACAGUGAGGCACACGUGAUGUCGUGGUCUGAGAUGCUGUGCACUAUCCUCCGUCUGUUCCUCCAGCUUCCGCAGCCCCAGUUCCGUGCCCUGCUCCCCGCAGUCUUCAACUGUGUCAACCAGCUCAUAUGUCACGCUGACGACCCCAAGCUGAAAGAAACCUUGGCAGACUGGUUCUACAGACUCGGGAGCAUGUAUGGCUUCUCACUGGAGAAACCUGUUGACUUGAAGCCGAAAGAUUCGGAGCCAGCACAGAGUGAUGUCAGCACGUGCUAGCAGGGAGACUAUUUUUGAAGAUUUGGUUGUAUUCAUCAAUUGUGAUAUCAUUUUAAUUGUGAUAAGAUUAACAUGCCACACAAAACAUGCUGGUAGCCGGGAAAUGGUUUAAAAUGAUGAAGCUGGUUUGGGGUUGCAGGCUUAAAGGCUUAUAUGAUAAUAAUGGAUUUCUAUGGCACCUGGUAUCAAUGGAGCAGCACAAAGUGUAGGAGGGAUAGGCUUCAGGGAAGAGAUAGGCUUUUAGCCGUCUGUGGAAGUCUUAUGAUGAAAUAGUACUUUUUCUGUUAAUUCCUUUGUGAUUUUAGUCUUAAAGGACAUGUGAGCUCUAAUGUUUAGUUUGGGGAUGGGGAAUAUCCAUUUUAAGAUUGACUGAGACUUUGCAUCAGUUUACAAGAUGUAUUUUUGAAGGUUACAUAUGUCUUGCAUAUUUUAUCAGUCAUCUUUAUCGUUGGUCUCCUGUCAAGGAAUUGUAUUCAUGAUUUCCUUUGAAGUGUUUGGAAAUACGACAGUCGUUUCAGACAUUUUACUUUUAGAUUGGAAAAUGUCAAUAUUGGGAUACCAGAUUUGUUGAGUAAUCCAGAAUCCCAGCUUCUAGGUAAUUACUGGAGCGACACAGAUGGAAAGCAUCUGUAACCAAAGAGAAUCUGGAGAUGUGGUGAUGUGGAUUUAUUUAAUGCAACCUCUGUGUCUGGGUUCCUGUUCUAUGGGGGGCAGUGAGGCAGCCUAGUGGUUAAAGCGUUCGCUCGUCACGCCGAAGACCCGGGUUCGAUUCCCCACAUGGGUACAAUGUGUGAAGCCUAUUUCUGGUGUCCCCCGCCGUGAUAUUGCUGGAAUAUUGCUAAAAGCGGCGUAAAACCAUACCCACGCACUCACUCCUGUUCUAUGGAAAUGUUGAAAUUUUGUUGGAAGAUCAAAUAAUCAUAUUUCUAUGCCAAAUGUUUGUAUUGUGAUUCUACCAGCAGAAAGUGAAGGGUUGCUUGAACUACUAAUAGCAUGAAUGUUAUUGACAACAUUUCCUGGUGUGGACUGUUGCUCGUGCUUUCAAUCACGGAAUUGUCGGAGCUCUUAUUCACAGGCUUGAGUGAUAUUGUUGGAAUCUUGCUGACCGUGGCAUUAGCAGCUUUCACUGAUUAUAGAACAUGUUACAGGGUACAUGAUUCCUGCUUAGAAUUGGAACCUAUGCUGAUACAAACAGGUAGAGAAUUGGAUCCCGUGGUCAGGCUUGGUGAUGGCCAGAUCAGUCUUUGUUCGUAAUAUCAAUCACAUGAUUGUCAGGUUGCGACUCAAUAAUUUACAGACUGCUGUCAUAUAGCUGGAAUAUUGCUGAGUUCAUAUAUA